AGUGAAAGCUCUAGUCGGGCAAACCUUCACAGCUGGAGAGGUUGAAAAAUUUCUAUCAAGUAAAAUAUAUAAAAAAUUUAACAAUGACAGAUUCCUAUUCAGAACAUCAGUUAUAAAACUUAAAAAAACUAAUAGACAGACAAAAAACAGACCUGGAAAUCCGAACGGAUUCGGUGAGAAAAACGACUGAAAUUCUGGAUACGACGAAGUUGGAAGGAAGGAGAUGAUAGGUUCGUGGAACUGCUGAAACGAUGAUACGAGGUGCUUUCCAGAUUCUGGAGAGGACUUUCGACUCCGGUCGCAGCCCCCUGCCCAACACCUUCCACUGGUUGCAGCAAUCAGCACCCAAGUUUUCCAUCAACGGCGAUCAGGUGUCAGUACUACAUCAGCCUGAAGAUUUCUACAGAACGAUUCUCAAAGAGUGUAAAAAUGCCAAAGAGAGAAUUAUGCUCGCUUCACUUUACGUUGGUACCGGCGCUCUUGAAAAAAAACUUGUUGAAACGAUUGGAACCAGGCUGAAAGAAGAGAUCGGAUUGAAAGUCAACAUUUUGAUCGAUGCGAAUCGGGGCUCGAGGGGAAAAGUCAAUUCCAGGCAGAUGCUUAUUCCACUUCUGAAAAAAUCCGAUAGGCAAUGCCAAGUGUCUUUAUUCCACACACCAUUGCUCCGCGGGCCUCUUAAAUACAUUCUACCACAACGGUACAACGAGCUCGUCGGACUUCAGCACAUGAAACUGUACCUAUUUGACAAUUCAGUGCUCAUAACCGGAGCCAACCUUAGUGAAGAUUAUUUUACAAAUCGCCAGGACAGGUAUAUCAUGAUCAAAGACUGUAAACCGCUCGCUGAUUUUUACUGGGGGCUUGUCAAAAGGAUAUCCUCGGUUUCUUUUGCCCUGGAUAAAUUCGACACUAUAACCCCAAGGUCAUUUCAUCCUUACAAAUCAGACCAACAAAUGUAUAUCAGAGAGGCAAGAGAAAAAAUCUGGAGCUAUUACAAAUCGUCUGUACAGCAUACUGAAACCGAUCCAAAUCAUGACACAUGGAUAUACCCGCUUCUCGAGCUGCCCCCUCUGGGCGUUCAUCAGGAUUCGAACAUGACAAAAAAACUGUUGGAAUCAGCUGAAGAAGGCAGCGUACUUACUUUAUCCACCGGUUAUUUCAACCUCACAGAGCAAUAUUCGGACACGAUAGUGAACAAAUCCAAGGGCAAUUUCCUUAUCAUUAUGGCCCACCCUACAGCUAAUGGGUUUUUAAAAGCAAGUGGUCUGGCGAGUGGUAUCCCAGGGGCGUAUACAGGCCUUGCACUUAGGUUCCUCAAUAUUGUAUCCAAUAACGACCAGAACCACCGCAUAUCAAUGUGUGAGUAUCGAAGGCCCGAUUGGACCUAUCAUGCCAAAGGCCUUUGGUACACGUUGCGUGAUGAACACUUGCCCUCUCUCACUUUAAUCGGAUCUUCAAACUUUGGAUCUCGUUCGGUAAGGAGAGACAUCGAAAACCAAAUAGCCAUCGUCACAGAGAAUCAAGGUCUGAAAGCUCGUCUGAAAGAGGAAGAGGAAUCUCUAAAGUCAUUCACCACUCCUUUUACGAUAGAAGUCGGACUCGAGCCGAACCGUAAACCGGCACUCUGGGUUUUAACAACCAUGAUAUUAUUUAAAGAUUUCUUCUAAAAGAAAAAAGAAUUUAGACAGAUUAGAAACACAUAAUUGCCUCAUUAUUUUGUUUUGUAAAUAAAGACAGUUAAUUUACA